UACUCCCCUCGACGGAAAACAUCUUCGCUUGAUUGGAACUUCACUCGAGGGAAUUUUGGAUUUGAAAAGAAAUUUGAGUGGCCAUGUCGUCCAAUCUGCUGGACCCGUUUCUCUUGCACUUGGGAGUGGCUUUCCCGUCGCUACAAUUUUAGAUAUUCGUACAUUCCAAUGUUCGGAAGUUUUUUUGUAGAUGAUUUGCCUACCCAACGAGGUGGACUGAGCUUCUUACGUCAAGGGGAUGCGAACAUGUUUCCCGGUGCUAUAAUUGGAACACUAAGCCGAUUCAAAGAUGCAGAUUUUUCAACACCGUGGAUAUCUAGUCCUUUCAGUAUACUCAUACCCAUACCCAAGUCUUCUACAAACAUUGCCGCUUUGAUUGAUCCCAUGAGAACUGAAGUGUGGAUUUGCAUUGGUCUUUCAGUACCAACCGUCAUUGCAAGUCUGUAUGGUUUGAGCAGAUGUAUUGUUGACUUGAACAAACGAAUAAAUUAAAAAAAAAU